AACAUUUGACGGCGGUGAUGGCGCCUGCCUGUAUUCGGUGAAUUAGCUACAAGAAUUUUGUCAGAAUAAAUGACAUUUUGACGUCCAGUAAAGCCAUUUUUGUUCGGCAGAUGUUGUAGACUGAGCUAAAAUGGCAGAUGAAUACUGCCGUAGUCUUUUGAAGGUUGCAGUAGCUCAGCUGUGCCAGGGGUUGGGGUGGCAUGCUGUACAUACAACACCAUGUGACCUUCUGACAGACGUCUUGCAGAGAUACCUUGAACAUCUAGCAAGACAUUCUCACCGCUAUGCUGAACAAUAUGGUCGGACUGAUCCCAACCUGGAUGAUGUUGGUUUGACAUUCUCCCACAUGCAUGUCCGUUUGAAUGAGCUGGAGACAUACCUGAAAGAGGUUGAACCUAUCCCCUUUGCUCAUCCUCUACCAUCGUUCCCGAUUCCUAAGAGAAACAAUCUCCAGAUUCCUCAGCCAGGAAGCAGAGACUGCAGGGAGAGGUUGGAGUACAUCCCAGAGCAUAUGCCACCAUUAGGUGACAUUGCAGGAGAAUAUGGUGAAGGUCUUGAUUCAAUGGAUUUAUCCCAUUCAUCUCGGAUGUCAAUUGACAUUGAUGGCUACGAGCCACACACACCCCUCAUGAGUCCUAACUCACCUCGAGGUGAUAAACGUGAGCUUCUUAGUCCUGCCAGUGAGUUUAACUACAAGAGACUGCGGCUAAUUGAUGAUGGCACACCCCGAGAGCUAACAGCAAUAUCCAUGGGUAUCAAUGGAGAAAUAACACCUAAGAGAGAAGGCAGGCUUCCUGUUGCGACCACACCUCCCCGUAAACCAUUAGUAGAACGUAGAAGUGGUCUUCCCCAAAUACCUCUCUCAAAACAAGAUACCAAGAUGGACGGGCUGCUAACUAAAGUCCCAAAAUCUCCGCGACCAAGUGCUAACAUUGAUCUUAAAUCAUCUAAAGCAAAGGGUAUCACCCCACCAAAGCCCAAACCCAAAUCACCAAAGCAUUUGUUUUUCUCGCCAAGUGGUGCUCCGUCUGUGUUUCAAGUGAAGCCCAAGAGCCCAGCUGUAGUUAUCAUGGAUAAAGUCAAAGAGUUAAUGCCCUCUGGGAGUAAGAGCCUUAAAGUCACAGGACCUAAUAUCGGAACGUUACUCAUCACAACAAAGAAAUCAUCAGAGACUGCACCCAUCACUCCAACGCACCAUAGUGAUGACGAUAAGAGUCCAAGCCCUAAGAAACCAUCUGCUUUGGAUGUUUAUGACUUUGAAGAUGAGGAUACUAAGCCAAGACCCUCCAAGACGUUUGAUCCAUGUGGAGAGGCGCCAGACCCUUCUAAAGCUGUCCUCCCAUCCGCAAGGUUAAUAGUGGACGAUGAAGAGGAAGUUGUGGCAAAUGAAGCCAGCAUAAAUGACACUAUUGAAUCUGUUAUAUCCAAAAUGGCUCGAAGUAGUGACAAUAAACCCGGUAAAAAGAACGGUAAAGAAGACAGGACUAAAGAAAAGGGCAAGGAUAAAGUUAAAGAAAAGGGUAAAGAUAAAAACAACGAGAAGGGUAAAGGUGGACUUCUUGAUAUGGCAAACAAAUCUACUCAGGAGAAGUCUAGUAGUAAAGGACAAUCUUUGCCCCCAAAGCUGUUAUUUAAACAUGCCUGGCGGGACAGUGAAGGGGCUACUACAUCUGCGACAUCGCUUAAACUUCUCAUCAAAACAGAUAAGUCUGAUUCAAAAGACAAGAGGGAAAGUAAAGAGAAGAAAGAUAAAAUUAAGAAGAACAGUGAUGAAAAAUCUGUCGGUAAAGUGUCCAAGAAGGAGCGUUCCAAACGGAAAAAGGACCAAAUGAAAAAAGACAAACUGAAAAAGAAAAAAAUGGAUAAGAAACGUAAAUUGCAAGAGUUGUCGGGUAAGAGGCCGAACUCGGACGGAGAAACGGAGCCAGACUCUCAAAAGCAGCCGGCUAUCGCUAAGCUCAACAUCAUUACCAAGAAUCCUAAAUCCAUGAAGGUACGUCUUGUGUCUCAGUCAGAGAGUGCAUCCAGUAGUCCAAGUCGAGAUAAGACAGAUGAGAAACAACAGAAAGAUAAGAUGAAUCAAAAGAAGAAACGGAAGGAUAAGGAGAGAAAGGCUAAGGUGAAAGCAGCGAGAGAGUCUCUCAAGAAGGCUAAGAAGAAAGAUGAAAACACUGGUGUGAAGAGAGGGAAGGAUGACAAGAGCUCCUCAGAAGAACCUCCUGAGAAAGUAGCUAAGUUGAUUGUUCCCAAGAUAACAUUGAGGAUGGGUGCUGCAUCUUCAAAAGGAGAGGCCACAAAAAUAUUUAUCAAGAAGCAAUCAGAAAUGCCCAAACCGCCACCAGCAAGAGCUCGUACCCCAUCAUCUUCCUCUUCAUCUUCCUCAUCAUCCUCUCCAUCCCCCUCCCCAAGGCGUAAAUCACCCUCCCCAUCUCCGCCCCCACGUUCUCCUUCCCCUCCACCUCGUUCACCAUCCCCCCAAUCAAGCUCUCCCAGCCCCCCACCCAAGAAGACCCCAGCUGCCAAGAAGGCAUCCCUAUCCAAGAAAGCGUCGCAGCCCAAGAAAACUGUUGUGGCAUCUCCACCGCCUUCCCCGCCCGCACCCAGGUCUCCAUCUCCCCCACCUCCAUCUCCCCCAACCCCUAAGAUACCUGUGACUGCUCCACCUGUAAGGAAAGCAGCUUCUAAGGCAUUCUCAGCAAUAGCUAAACCAACUAAGGGUGUCCCUGCAGUGUCAACAGUUACCUCUCAGCCAACCACUCCCAUUAAGGGUAUCUCGGUACCUACAAAAGCAUCUCUAAAAGCCCCUGUUGAGAAACCUGCGAUGACGAAGGGAGCUGGUAAAACAGCAACAGGCCAGAAAUCACCAGGAGGUGCUCCAGCUGGAGUGGCUGGUGUGACAGUAGGAAGCUCGGCUCAGCGUACUGUUAUUCUAGAGACUGUUGGAACUGUAGUGAGUGACACUGGAGAGAGGAUUUGGAUUUGUCCAAACUGUAAAUUGCCAGAUGAUGGGAGUGCAAUGGUGGGAUGUGAUACGUGUGAUGACUGGUACCAUUGGCCAUGUGUAGGUAUCAAGGAAGAACCAACGGAGUCAAAUUGGUACUGUCCUCGAUGCCGGGUCCCGAGCAAGAAAAAAGGCAAAAAGAAACAUAAAUAAGCACUAAGUAUUUAGGUAGGUUUACACCUUGACGGUAACACAUGAACAAUGAUGUCAUGGCUGGGUCAAAUUCAAAUUAUGUCAAAGAAGUGUUUUUCUUGAGGUCUGUGUCAAGGAAGUGUUGUUUCUUGAGGUCUGUGUCAAGGAAGUGUUGUUUCUUGGUGUCUGUCAUCCUCAAAAUGUGCAAGACAUGUCUCUGAAUUCCACUAGAGUAAAACAAAGUACAUUGCAACUAGGGAGGUUUAAAAGAACACUGUGGACAUGUAGGUUUUGUUGUCUGUUUGUAAAGUGUUUUGAAGAUGGACACCCUUUUUCAUCUCUUGUGUAAAAAGUAUUCCAACUGAGUGAUUUGUUUGCCAAGUGUUAACAUUUACAAGGAAUUGGUCACACACUGUGGUCACACAUUACCUAGGAUUCAAAACUGCAUGGUUGCGAUACAAUCCAGUAAGGUUUGCAGUAAUUCCACAGAUUAUGUUGCAGAGAUGGGACCGUACAUCAUGAAUGUAGGACCCUACAUCAUGAAUGUAGGACCCUACAUCAUGAAUGUAGGACCCUACAUCAUGAAUGUAGGACCCUACAUCAUGAAUGUAGGACUCUACAUCAUGAAUGUAGGACCCUACAUCAUGAAUGUAGGACCCUACAUCAUGAAUGUAGGAUCCUACAUCAUGAAUGUAGGACCCUACAUCAUGAAUGUAGGACCCUACAUCAUGAAUGUAGGACCCUACAUCAUGAAUGUAGUCACUCAUACUCGACCUGUACCAGUUACAAAAUGGAUGCCAAUAACCUGAGUCGGUGAAUCGAGUGCUGUGCGUGUAAUGGUAACUGGUUUUUUUUUCAAAUGUUUAGUCAGAUCCUGUAUGUUAUGAUCUUUACUAAGACUUAAUUAAUGUAAUGAGCUGUAUGUCAUUGUUUGUUAUUGACAGAACAAAAACCUCUGAAAGAAAUCUAAUUGAUACAAAGUUGUUUUUUGUACUGACUGUAUAUUUUUAAUCCUGUGAAAUAUUUUUCAAUAUUAUAUUGUGUGGUGUAAAGUUAUAGUAUAGACCGUCUCCGUUUGUCUUGAAAAGGUUAGAAAUGGAUUGCCAUUCUUCUAAUUUCAUUCUCUUUUCAUUGUUGAAAUGAGUUUAUUAUAAAAUCAUAGACUGCAAGGGGGCUUAACAAUUUGACUGAAAUCAGUGGCACAACUGAGGGAGUUUCCGUGCUUGGGGUGCAAAUGGAAUUUCUUUGAUGUUCAUAACUUUUAUCUCCACAAGAUUGUUUUUAUUUUUAAAGACUUUUUAUAUUUAGGUUUGCCUGAAACAUGAGGUUGAAAUGAGAGGGGUCCUAAAGCCAUGUCUGAAUUAGUGGCUGUAAUUUGAUCGUCAUGAGAACUUGCAUUGAAGAAUAGGACGACUUAGCAACAGCUGAUAGCAACAACAGCCAAUUUAGACAAAGCUCAAGUACAGUUGUUUGUAUAUUAUUUGACUCCGUCUUCAUGAAAUGAAUUUUAAAUUUUCUCUUUUGCUGGGUCUGAGCUAGUGAUAAAGUGCAGCCCACACUUUCUUCAGCUCUGACAAAAGAACUCCUUGUCACAUUCCCUUCGCAAAAUAAUUCACCAUUCUGUAUGAAAUGCAAAAUUGAAUUUAUUUAAUUGCAAUUAUUGUCACAUAGAUUUCGUAAGUAGGUGUGGAUUCUACCUCAGUGAGUAAAUCACAGACUUGUGAAACAUUCAAAGGACAACCUUUACCACUUUCUGAAUGAUAUUGCACAGGAAAUGCCAUAACAUGUCUUAGUUGGUCUUUGUUAGUUAGAGCGGAGUUGGUACAAAUAUAGAUUGUGUAGGAGUGCAAAGGUGAAAAUAUCAAAAGUUAAAUUCAACAGGGCCAAGCAGAGUUUAAGAAAAUAUUCUCUGCAUUGCACGAACACAGAACAUUCAUUAUUUAUUUUGUGUAACGCCCAAGUAAUCACCAAAAUGUACACGAUUGUAUUCUUGCAUCCUCUAUGAGGGUGAUUUUGUAAAUCUGUGAAAGGUUGGUUGAUGGCUGGUCUAGAAGUGAAAGGUUGGUUGAUGGCUGGUCUAGAAAUGAAAGGUUGGUUGAUGGCUGGUCUAGAAGUGAAAGGUUGGUUGAUGGCUGGUCUAGAAGUGAAAGGUUGGUUGAUGGCUGGUCUAGAAAUGAAAGGUUGGUUGAUGGCUGGUCUAGAAGUGAAAGGUUGGUUGAUGGCUGGUCUAGAAGUGAAAGGUUGGUUGAUGGCUGGUCUAGAAGUGAAAGGUUGGUUGAUGGCUGGUCUAGAAGUGAAAGGUUGGUUGAUGGCUGGUCUAGAAGUGAAAGGUUGGUUGAUGGCUGGUCUAGAAGUGAAAGGUUGGUUGAUGGCUGGUCUAGAAGUGAAAGGUUGGUUGAUGGCUGGUCUAGAAGUGAAAGGUUGGUUGAUGGCUGGUCUAGAAGUGAAAGGUUGGUUGAUGGCUGGUCUAGAAGUGAAAGGUUGGUUGAUGGCUGGUCUAGAAGUGAAAGGUUGGUUGAUGGCUGGUCUAGAAGUGAGAAUAGUCAAACACUGAAGGGCGCUGGUAAGUUUGUCAUUUGAUUGGAGGAUAAAGCCAUCACUGAGUAAAUUAAAUGGACAAGAAUUCUUUUUACCAACCACUUUGAGAGUUUUUUGUGUGGCUGUGUUUUAGGCAUGGUUUGGUCUAUUGUGAAAUAAAUACCUCCAAUCCUCCAAUUAAAUAACACCAAGCAUCAUGCCCUGUAUUUGCACCUGACGAAAAACUUCACACAACACUUGUGUUCGUCACAUGUGUAUUAAUUAAGAACCAAUGUAACUUUGAUAUACUUUAACACUGGACAAUUUAAUUUGUUCACCACAAAAAUGUAUCACUUGUCAAGAUUGUAUGAAUUUAAUAAUUUAAUAAUGACCAAUAAAAAACUAAAAAAACAUCAAGGGACAUGAAUUUUGCCGCAACAAUAUUUUUGUUGAUGGGUUUGCAACUGUGAAGAACUGAAGCCUGCCCUCUGUAUUGUUACCUGGAUGCACUAAGUGAAACAAGGGUUUUCUUCAUCAAAUUUAGCUGUGAUACUUGUAUUCUUCAAGAUAUGAAAUUAUUAUGAUUAGGAAGACAAAUUAUUGAUAAUAAAAUGGCAUGAAUUUUAA